UUUUUUUUUUUUUUUUUCCUGAGUCGAGCGGGUGCUGCUAGCGGAGGCGCCAUAUUGGAAGGGACAAAACUCCGGCGACAGCGAGUGACACAAAUAAACCCCUGGACCCCCUCGUUCCCUCAGCUCUAAGGGUCGCGAUGUUGUACCUAGAAGACUAUCUGGAAAUGAUUGAACAGCUUCCUAUGGAUCUGCGGGACCGCUUCACGGAGAUGCGCGAGAUGGACCUGCAGGUGCAAAAUGCAAUGGAUCAACUAGAACAAAGAGUCAGUGAAUUCUUUAUGAAUGCAAAGAAAAAUAAACCUGAGUGGAGAGAAGAACAAAUGGCUUCCAUCAAAAAAGACUACUAUAAAGCUUUGGAAGAUGCAGAUGAGAAGGUUCAGUUGGCAAACCAGAUAUAUGACUUGGUAGAUCGACACUUGAGAAAGCUGGAUCAGGAACUGGCUAAGUUUAAAAUGGAGCUGGAAGCUGAUAAUGCUGGAAUUACAGAAAUAUUAGAGAGGCGAUCUUUGGAAUUAGAUACUCCUUCACAGCCAGUGAACAAUCACCAUGCUCAUUCACAUACUCCAGUGGAAAAAAGGAAAUAUAAUCCAACUUCUCACCAUACAACAACAGAUCAUAUUCCUGAAAAGAAGUUUAAAUCUGAAGCUCUUCUGUCCACCCUUACAUCAGAUGCCUCUAAGGAAAAUACGCUAGGUUGUCGAAAUAAUACUUCCACUGCCUCUUCUAACAGUAACUACAAUGUGAAUUCCUCCCAACCUCUGCCGUCCUAUAACAUUGGCUCAUUACCUUCAGGAACUGGUGCAGGGGCAAUUACCAUGGCAGCCGCUCAAGCAGUUCAGGCCACAGCUCAGAUGAAGGAGGGACGGAGAACAUCAAGUUUAAAAGCCAGUUAUGAAGCAUUUAAGAAUAAUGACUUUCAGCUGGGAAAAGAAUUUUCAGUGGCCAGGGAAACAGCUGUCUAUUCGUCAUCUUCGGCACUUAUGACAACAUUAACACAGAAUGCCAGUUCAGCAGCAGCUGACUCACGGAGUGGUCGAAAGAGCAAAAACAACAACAAGUCUUCAAGCCAGCAGUCAUCAUCUUCCUCCUCCUCUUCUUCCUUAUCAUCAUGUUCUUCAUCAUCGACUGUUGUACAAGAAAUCUCUCAACAAGCAACUGUAGUGCCAGAAUCUGAUUCUAACAGUCAGGUUGAUUGGACUUACGACCCAAAUGAACCUCGAUACUGCAUUUGUAAUCAGGUAUCUUAUGGUGAGAUGGUGGGAUGUGAUAACCAAGAUUGUCCUAUAGAAUGGUUCCACUAUGGCUGUGUUGGAUUGACAGAAGCACCAAAAGGCAAAUGGUACUGUCCACAGUGCACUGCUGCAAUGAAGAGAAGAGGCAGCAGACACAAAUAAAGGUGGUUCUUUUGUUUGAGGAAGAAAUAAACUUCAGCUGAACAUUUUAUAUAGGACUUUAAAAAGAAGAAAAGAGAAAAAAGAAACAAUGCAUUUCCAGGCAACCACUUAAAGGAUUUACAUAGACAAUCCUAUAAGAUCUUGAACUUGAAUUUUAUGGGUUGUAUUUUAAUAAUGUAAGUAAAUUAUUUAUGCACUCCUGGCGUGCUAUGAAUAUUAUUCCAGUUAGCCUUUGAUUAUUUCAGUGGCCAACAUAUGCAGACAUUUGUACUCCUCAACCAUUUUCUCAAAGUAAUGGGCAUUCUAUAAUUUAGACUUCAAGGAAUUUCAAUGAUGAAGAUUUUAAGGAAAGUAUUUUAUAUUCAACAGGUAUAUUCUGCUGCAUGUACUGUACUCCAGAGCUGUUAUGUAACACUGUAUAUAAAUGAUUACAAAAAAAAAAGUCAGUGCUUCUAAAAAGAAUUUAAGAUAAUGGUUUUUAAAAUGCCUUUAUAAUAAGCUUUGUUUCUUUGUGAAACUAAUUCAGCAGGCUGAAGGAAAUGGUUCAUGUGAUAAAGUGGGCUGGUAUCCUCUAGAGUACCUGGGUACAUAAACAGAAACUCCUGUAGGUAAAAAGGAAUUUGUGCCAUUAGUCUUUCUAUGUUUCUGCAUCCAGAUAGAGUGCAGUUCAUGAGGGCGGGGGUGGGGGACUGAAGGGGAAAGGGUGUUAAAGUGAUACAUUUUUAUACCAAAUGUGUUUAUUUUUUUGUGCAAGUAAUCCUUAAAAUUGCAAUUGUAUUAGGUGUUAAAAUAAAGUUUUUAAAAAAUUACUUGUAUUUAUACUUUACAUAAUGAAAAUUUCUGAAUUCCAAUUAACUUUCAACUUUCAUAAUCUAAAAAGAAUCAGAGACCCGGGACACAGAAUACUGUGUAAUCUGUGAUGUCUUUAAUCAUGUUUGGAAUUUGUGAUAUGAGAAUAUAGGAAAGAUAUUUUUAAUGUUCAUUUGAAAUGCCAAUGUAUUUUUUUUUUGGAACAUCUUUCUGGCUUUUCCUUGGGUCUAAGAGACAUGAAAGAAGUUUAAGUACAGCAGUUAAAUAAUGGUUAUGGGUGAUUUGACUGGAGGCAAUGUAGUCAAAUAAAGAGACCCUCCUGGUUGGGAGCUUAAAAUUCAGCUAUUUUUGAUUCUACCACAUACUGGUAUGACAGUUAAUUCAAAUUUUGUAUUGCUUUGGGCCUUAUUACACCAGGGUGAUGCUGGCUAUAGAAUAGGUCUUAUUCUAUAGGUGCUAUUUAAAUUAUAAAUUUACAUAGUGGAGGUUUUAUUUAAAGUAUAAUAUUGAGUCUAGUCGAUAGAAAAAUCCUUAACUUUUAAGAUACUUAUUACAUCAUAUUGUAAUGAGUAUUGAAACUUAACAUCAGAUUUCUGCUUUAAUUAAACCACUUAUGAGCCUCUUAGAACUUAUUCAGGAAACAGUACAAAAUCUAUGCAAGGCUACCCAAAGGGUGUGAGGUAGAUAGGGGAUGUCAGAGGUUUCUUCAAGCCUUGAGAUUCCAUGAUUCUGAGCUGCCACAGUCUGAUUUUGUAACUCUGACAGACCCCUAAAUAAGUUAGGUUCAUUUUAUAACUCUGACAGAACCCCUAAAUAAGUUAGGUUCAUUUUAUAACUCUGACAGAACCUCUAAAUAAGUUAGGUUCAUUAGUUCAAUAUGUACUCAUGAUUUCAUAAUAUCAUGAUUAUGAUUUCAUGAUACUCAGUAUUUUCAUGAAGAUUUAUAACCCUUUAAGAAGUGAUAAAUAAUGUAGUAUUUAAUUAGUUUAUCAAAGUAGAUUACCUAGAGAUGCUCAAAUGUAUGAUUACAUCCUCUAUAUAUUAUGACCAUUCCAAACUCACUCAUUUUAUAGAAUUAGUCAAAGGAAAAAGCCUUAUGUGCAGCCUUAUUUGAAGAGAAAGUUCUUUGUGUGAGUCAGGAACAUCCUGUUUUCCAGCUGCUAUGUCUCCUUUCAGUGUGUGAAUUCCACUCCUUACCAAAUCACUCAUAAAACACUUUGACAAGUUUUAAACUCAAACAUUGAAUAUUUUAUGAAGCAUGUGUAAAGAAAUAAACCAAAAUUUGGUGCAGGUAUUUAGUAAAGGCUAGAACCUGUUAAUAUCUGAGACAUAUAAUGGGCCCAAACAUGGAACUACCUCAUCCCCCCCCGAAAAUGUGGCCAACUAUUAAUAUUUUUUGUGACAUUGACACCAAGGGGCAUAGUAAGUAUUUUUGGUAUUAUAAAAUACACAUUCAAAAUCUCUGCUGUACAAAACUCAUGUAAUAAUUGGUGGAACAAAAUUUCCAAAUGUGGGUUCACAGUUCAUAGGUGGUGAAAAUUGAGGCCUUACUGCUGUGGAGUGUAUAUCAAAAUGUUCAUGGAGACACAUUUGAAGCAAUAAAUGGCUUAAUUAAAUGCCAAAA